AUGAAGCCUAUUUCCAUUUUCUUCCUCUCAGUCCUGAUCAUCAUCAUCAUCCAAGCUGCUUCCAGUUCCAACCAAACCUUAAUCAACUCGACCUGCAAAACCGCAGCUAACGACAACCCGAACAUCAACUUCAGCUUCUGCACGACAUCUCUUCAGGCGGCCCCAGCCAGCCGGUGCGCCACCCUCAAAGGCCUCGGUACCAUUUCCAUCCGCUUAAUCCGCUACAACAUAACCGACACGCGCUGCCACAUCAGACAGCUUUUGAAGAACAGCAAGAAGCUGGACCCUUAUGUCAGGCAGUGUCUUGACGAUUGCUUCCAACUCUAUUCGGAUGCUAUACCUUCGGUCAAAGAAGCCAUGAGAUUGUACAACCAAAACAAAUUUGACGAUGCCACCACACAGAUAAGUGCGAUCAUGACCGACUCGACUACUUGUGAGGAUGGAUUUGGGGAGAGAAAAGGGGUGGUUUCCCCUCUCACGAGCAGAAAUGGCUAUUCUUUUGAGCUCUCGGCUAUAGCGCUUUCUGUUAUGCGCAUUGUGCAGACGGGUUCUGGCUAA